UUUCCCGCCAAAACAGAUGCUCCUUCAGCUUAAUCUUCUUCAUCUUCCUUACAACCACCAACCUUCCCUUCCGAACUUGAUAAUCCCUAAACCUCUCACUCCACCAAUUUCUUCUCUUCCUCAAUCCUUCCCUCGAACCGGUUCCGGUCGGCGAGCGAGUCUGUCGGCUUGCCACAGUUUGGGUUCACCGGUUUUCUCGUUGCCGGAGGAUGAGUUGGACGUGGAGCUGGGUCGGCUUCUGGCGCUGUUGCCGGAGGAGAUGCGGCGGCGGGUCAGUGAUCACCCGGAGCUGCACCAGCUGAUGGAGGUGGUCAUGGAUUUGGGUCGGAAACCACUGGCUAGGUUUCCGUCCGGUGAUUUCGUGAUUUCGGAGUUUCCAAUAACGGUUCAGGAUAUCGAGCACGCUACGGCUCAGGUUGGUGAUUUUGCUAUUGAUAAUCGAGCUGGAAUCAGUAGGACUUUACACCGGAUUAGUGCUAUCAGAAACCGUAAGGGGGCAAUCAUUGGCCUAACUUGUCGAGUUGGCAGGGCAAUUUCUGGGAGUGCUAAAUUGUUGCAAGAUUUGGUUCAAGAUGGGGCUUCUUUGUUGCUCAUUGGGCCUCCUGGAGUAGGAAAAACUACAAUUAUUAGGGAAAUAGCUCGGAUGUUAGCAAAUGAUUAUAAGAAGCGUGUGAUGAUAGUUGACACCUCCAAUGAGAUUGGUGGUGAUGGGGAUAUACCACAUGCUGGAAUAGGCAGUGCUCGACGUAUGCAAGUCCCCAACGCUGAUAUGCAACAUAAGGUAUUAAUAGAAGCAGUUGAAAACCACAUGCCACAAGUGAUUGUAAUAGAUGAAAUUGGUACAAAACUUGAAGCAAUGGCUGCUAGUACUAUCGCACAGCGUGGAAUCCAGCUUGUUGCCACUGCUCAUGGAGUCACAAUUGAGAACCUAAUAAUGAAUCCAUCAUUAGAGAUGCUAGUCGGAGGAGUACAGAGUGUGACACUGGGGGAUGAAGAGGCCAGUCGCAGGGGUGUCCAGAAAACUGUGUUAGAGAGGAAAGGGCCAUCAACAUUUGGUUCUGGAGUGGAAAUUAUCUCCAAGACACAGCUGAGGAUUCAUCGUAGCCUUGAAGCAACUGUUGAUGCUAUUCUUUCUGGUCGUCUUCCAAAUGUUGAAGUGCGCAAAAUGAAAUCUCAAGAACAAGAAGAGAAUUCACCCAAGGGACCUGUUAUUAACAGUUCUCCUAAUGGCAACGUUAUGUAUGAAGAUGCAGUAGAGCAGGCUGAUGACCAAAAUGAUCAAAAUGUAUCUCCUUCUCAGUUGCCUAAUGAUAUGGUAGAGGAUUCAUGGGAACACAAAGUGCCACUUCGCCUGUUUUGUUAUGGGAUUUUAGAGGCCACUGUUAUGCAAGGGGUCAACCAGUUGAAAAUGAAUGAUGCAGCCCUUCAAUUGACUGAUAAUAUUAGUGAGGCACAUGCCUUGCUUGCCUUGCAAGCAAAGAUUAAAAAGAAUCCAAGGAUCCAAGCUGCUGCUAAAUCUCAUGAUAUUCCUAUAUAUGUAACAAAGACAAGUUCAUUGGAGCAAGUAACAAAAGCCAUACAGGCAUUAGUAGAUGAUCAUGAAAAUGGUUUAAAGGAUUCUGUAUCGAUGGAUAAGAUUAAACUAUCAGAGAAGAUUGAUGCUUUGGAGGAGGCAAGAAUGGCUAUCGAACAUACUGUAAUUCCUAAGGGAGAACCUGUGGAUCUACUUCCAAGGACAUCUCACAUACUGUCUCUUCAGCUGGACCUCAUUCGUAAAUACCAACUAGAAGCAAGGAGAAUCGCUGGAGAGUCAGAUGUACAUUUGCGCAUCCUUCCAUCCCAUUAUAUGACAGAUGAAGAAGCAAAAACUGAUGAAAUUUCUGAGUUUGAUGAUUUUGCUUCCAAUGGCAGCGCCAAUGGCUCACCAUACAGCUUGGACAGAUUGCCCCUUCUGCCUGAGUAAGUAGUAUAUGGGCUUGGUUAGUUGUAUAUAUUGUAUUCAAUUAUUCAUACAUACUUGAAAGAUAAGAAAUAAUUUGAAUACUUUGUGUUAUUCUGAACUGUACGGGACCUCGACAAUUUCUGUACUAAUUUGUAAAUUAUACAUAUAAAAUCAUGUUUACAAUAAAUGGAGAAAUACAGGAAAUCCAGUAUGAUAA